GAUCCAUAAACUCGCAUCAAACUCAUGUUUUAUUCCAUGACAUACCGUAGGAUGAAUAAUCAUAAUAAUAUCAUUCUAGGAAAAUUUAUAAAAACCGGAAUAAAUUCCUUCAGACUUCUAUUAAUUCCUUCAGACUAUUCUGAGAAAUAAAAUAUGACAUGAGAUAAACAAUAUCUUGGAGAAUGUACGGUAUCCACAAAAAUUCAUGAAUUUAUUUUCUGGGUUCCAUUUUGGAAUGUCACCAUAGAUUUCAACUUUGUGCGCAUAUAAAAUUUAGGCAUAUCCUAAAAAAUGAAAUGAUAAAAAAAGGCUUUUCCUUUUGAUCCAUUUCGGUAAUUUGAUAGUAGGCUACCUAUCCAAAUGAUGAAAUCGAAUUUCUUUGGAAAAUGUCACCAGUAAAAACAAAAUGUAAUGAGCUGAAUAUCAGUUUAUUGUAAAUGAUUGAAUAAAUAAAUAAAAAGUUUCCAAAGAUUGGUGCACAUCAGCCGCAAAUUUGCUGAACAUUCCCCGCUUCCUGCUAUAAAUGUGGAAAAAGGGAACUUUUUAGCGUCGGAGGGAAAUUUUUGAUGACUGAGACUGAACUGGUUCGAACGGCGCUCCGACUCCUGACAUGAUCAAUCGUGUUCAUGCUGCUCGUGUGUAUUGUUGUGUUUUUCUCUCCGUUUAUCGGCGUUUGAUUCUCACGUGUUUAUUGUGUGUUCUCCUUUUCCAACCAUUGUCUCUACUCUGACAAACUUUUCCCAUUUGUGAAACUUUGCAAAGGUAUUUUUCAUGUGAUUUCAAUAUCCUUUAUUUAUCACAUGGGAAAGUGAACGAUUGUAUUUAGACCUUGUUGUGCUUGAAGAAUUCGGCUUUUGUGUGUUGUGUGUCCCAAAAUGGACAUAAUAUCCUGAGGGAUUCUCAAAGAAAGUGCUUCUUGGGCUAGCUGACUAUAAUCACUGUUAUUGGAUAUAUUGCUGAGUUUAAUAGUUGGGCACAAUGGGCCUGGCUUCGGUAGAAGACAGGCCAAAAGGCGGAAAAAAUUCGCCUUGGAAGCAGGCUCCAGAGCCUGAUAAUGGAAAGCCUCGCCCACCAAUCUACAACCCAGAAGACUAUGCGGCGUCGCUCCGUAAGAUGACGUCAUCUGCGAAAGAGGGCUCGAAUGGCACCAAGGCGACGAUGGCGCCUCAGGGAGGGGAAAUGACGCUCAGGCAGUUCGCCACUGUCACCGAUCUCCUCAACAAGCUCAGGGUCGACCUCAAACUCGCUUUUCCCAGUUUCGUGCAGGAGUUCGUUGGGGACGGAAUCGAAGGGGUGACCCUGAUUCUGGAGCUGCUUCGAGUGGUGCAACUAAGCCAGGCGUCACACAGCGGUCGACCCCCGCCCCCCGUGCUCAGGCGCAGCCUCCUGGACGAGCACGCCUGUCUGCAGUGCCUGAGCGCCUGCCUGCUCAGGUGCCAGGACGCCGCCCGUCGUCUCGCCUCCUCGCCCGCCGGCCUCUUCUCCGUCGCCGUAUGCAUCAUGAGCAGUGUUAACAAGUCACGGCUGCUCGCGCUUGAGUUGCUGACGAAGACAUGCGAGCAGCCAGAGGCCAAGGGCCACAGUCCGGUGUCGGACGCCAUCUCGACGAUGCGGCUGCGUUUCGGGGAGCCGGUGCGUUUCCGCUUCCUGGUCGGCAUGAUGUGCGGCGCAUGCGCAGACCUGCUUGCCGCCGGCCUCAGAUUCAUCAACGCGUUCUGGGAGACGGCGCCCGACGACCAACACCGCUUCUACAUUCAGGCCGAACUUGAGCAGGCCGGCUUCAACACCGACACUAUUACCAAGAUGAUACCUCCAAAAUCGGCUUCCGCUGAUCUAGUUUUCACAGAACUAAAUCGCUGGAAGAAGAACUUCAUCAAUGUUGCAGAAUUGAAAUCAAAGGCUGAGAAGUCGACCAAAGAAAUUUCAACACUGAAAGAGAAGUUGGCUUUACUAGAGCGAAAAGUACAGAUCCUCGUCGAAGAGAAGACAGUACUGGUGUCGCUGGAGAAGUGCCUGAAGACGCGCUGCUCGGAGAUGGAGCGAGAGAUGGCGGCCGGCACAAGGAGGUCGUCCUCGAAGCUGGAAGGCAGUGGCUCUACGCCCGGCGAGGACGAGGGAAUCAGCUCCUCAGACCAGGACGAUGACUUGGAUGUGGAACGCGAGCCACUUGUCUACGAAAUGUACACUGUGCACAACGACACCAUUGUUGUCGACAACAAUAACACCAAAGAAGAAGAUGAAGAAGAAGAAACAACAAUAGAAGAGGUAAUGGAAGAGCUGCAAAACAUAAUCAACGACGCAGAAACCGAUUAUGUGGCUGAAAAAGAUCGCAACGCCAUACUGAAACGUCAGGCUUUAGAGAAGGAGGAAACUGUGCUGGGGAAACAUUAUCAGAGACUGAUCGGACGGUCCAGUAACGAUCUGACAUCAGAAGCACUGAUUUUGGAAGAUGAAGCUGAUAUUGUUCCAGGGAAACUGCUACCUCAACCACCUAGAAGAUCUCGCAGUUUAUUUUUGCCCGACAGAGAUAACUACGAUCAUCAUAACAUAUUUUUCGAAGACGAUGAAAGCAUGGAGAGUUCAGAUUCACUGCUCAGUACAUCGAGGGAUAAUACGGUUGAUAGUGAGCCUCCUCACGGUGUUUUCACUAGGAGUGGAGCUCUGCGCAGGCGUGAAACUUUGGUGAUUGAUAGACGAUUUGAGGGUACUCAAAGAGAUCCUGUCAGGAGAAGCGAAACUUUUCACCAUGUACAUAAAAAUCCACCCAACAGAAAUAACUCUCAUAACAAUCUUGAAAUGAAUAAAAAUUUGAACAACAGGUACAUAAAUGGAGAUACUAGUAAUAGUUAUCAUAGAGGAGUAGUUAAUGAGCAGAAUGUUAUAAGACGUGGUAGCUUUGAUGGUUUGUUUUAUGUGAAUGAAGUUGUGGAGAGGCCAAUAAUAUCAUCAGAACCUUCAACGAAACCUAGAGGUACAACUAUUUUCAUCAACAAAUCCCCGGAUCUGAAUUGCAAUCGUAAGCUGAAAUCGAAGAGCUUAGAUAGAAUCGGAGAAGGUUUGGAUAGUAUGGUUGAUAUUGUUGUAACCUCCAAUUCAGUCGAAAAUCGACGAAAUUUUGUGAGUUCAAGUAGGAGUGGCAGUAGUAGUUACAUGAACGGUGAGGAUGGUUUGAAAGUGAAUGAGGAGGAGUAUUCAAGUCAUAUCAUUAACAAUAAGGGAUCGGCAGUGAUUAUUGUAUCGAGGUCACCCAGCUCCAAACAAAAAGACUCAGAUUCAAAGCAGUUCCUUAGUAUAAGCACUAGCAGCUCAGGUAGUUGCAGUAGUGUAAGUAUUGAUAAGAGUAAUGUAGAUAAAUGUAGUACAAACAAGUCGGCAGAUACAACGGCUUCCAAGUAUUCAGAGAGGAAUUCGUUUUUUCCUAUACACAGGAACUCAACGCCCAACGAUGGUCAGAAGUUCAUCCUGAAACGUGGGCACACGAAUGCAGGACUCUAUUCUGGGCAACAUACUGAUAGAGACGUCAAUUCUCCGGCUAAUUGUGUACCAAGUAGUAGGAAGGCUUUGGGAGCUGAUUAUUACACAAGGAGUCUCAAUACACUUCAAAAUGUUAAUCUAGCCUUGUCCACGAACAAGCUUGCUGAUCUACCUUCAGGUCUCUAUUAAUGCAACUUGAAUUAGAUCAGUCUGAUGCAAAUAUGGUGACAAAAUAUACUAGGUACACAAAUAAAAUAUUCAAUAUCAAUUCUAUAGAUACUGACAUUUUUCGGCAUCAAAAUAAAGAUAUCACGAAAAUACAAGAUUAUAGAAUAAGCAAAAUGUUAUAAAUAUUCAUUGGGGCUGUAUUUAUAUGGUAGUUGUGAACUACUCACAUUACUAAUAAAAACUCCAUACUAUCGUCACCAAUUUUUAAAUAUUACUGACUAUGUUUACUUACUGACUAAUAUAUGUUUCUGAUGUGUGAUAUGAGUGUUAUUUUGACUUAAAAAAGAAUAAUUGCGAUUUGCAUUUGAACUUUUGAAAGAAGAUGAACCAGCAUCAGAUUAAUUAUGGAUUACAACUCAUCACUUAUCGGUAUUAUUAUCGAGGUUAUUAAAAUAACAUUAAUAAGAUGAUUUAUUCAUCUUAGGGAACUAGAAUAAGUGGGAAAGUCCUCAAACCAUAAUAUUGAAAUUGGAUAAAACCUUUUUUGUGAAAAGUUUCGACAAUGCUUCAUUACGGAAGGUUUAAUAGUAAAAUUACUCUAAUUUGAUACAAUUUUUGAAUUCAUUAUUGAUGUUGUAAACACUUUCCAUGAUUGAAUAACUCUGGUUUCAUUGAUAAUUAGUUAUUAUUAUAAAUUCAUUAAUCUAUUAAAUUCAUAAAUUUGAAUUUCCUUUUUUUAAUUAUCAAUUUAUUAAUAAGGACACAGCUUUGUGUUGAAACCAUCCAAAUGCAGUUCUGUGAGUUGAUAUGAGGUGAAUUGACAAUGAAAUUAUUGUUUUCAAAUACUGUAAUUUGAUUCAAGAGAAUUUCUACUAGGUAACCAAAGAUAGCAAUCAAUUUCAACUUCAAUUAUUUUAGAUUGUAAAAGCGUUUUGGGAAGAUUAGUUUAGACACCCAAAAUGCUAUGUAUUGCGAGAAAUUAAAUUAAAAUUGGCGGAUCUAUGUAAUAUAAAAAUGUAUAAAUAAAUUUAAGUACCUACUAUAGUAUUUAAAAUUAAUUACGAGUAAAUUUUCUACAGUUUCAUUCAUCAAUUUGUUUAGAAAAACAACUAGAUGUUAAAUUGUAUAAUGGGUACUGUGAAUAAAUGUGAGUGAUUAAAUUAGUGUUGACUUUGAAUUGUUUUAUAAUGUGCAAUAAUUUUCUUAGUCUUUUUAUUUUCUCAGAUCUCAUCAGUAUUGUAUAUUCAUGUUCAUUAUAGUUAAUCUACUUCAGUCUGUAUAUUUUUGUGUGUAAGUUUAUUCUGAACAGUUUUUUUUAUCGAGUGAUACUUUAAUUAUUGUAUAAACUAAAAUUAUAUGUAAUUAGGCAGUAUACUAAAUUGUAUAUUACAAAAAUGAUUCAUGGAUUGAGUUUCAUAGAUGAAUGGAUGGUUUUAUUUUAUAUAUGAUUAUUUUCACUGCUAACCUAAACCUUCAAAGUUUGAUUUUAUCAAAUUUCAAAUGUCAUUGACACAUCUUUUUCUGUUUUAGCAUGAUAAAACAACUUUGAAAUUUUAUACCAUUAUCAGUUUUGAUAAUAUGCCAAACUCGAAUAAAUCUUUUCAAUGGCUCAUUUUAUUGCUAUUUGAGCUUGUAUAAUGACAAGUACCGUAGAGUAUUUCAUUAGUAUAGAACUUAGAAACACAACAAUCAAUAUUAUUAACUGUCAUGCUGUAGAGAAUUACUGUUUUGUGUAAAUUUUUGUUUUUGGAAAUUUUUUUAUGGUGUUGGACUCAUUUUUUGAUGUAUAGUCUGGUGCAUAUUUUGUUUUCUGUAUGACUGUGCUGUGUGAAAUAAAAGUUUUUUCUCAA